AUUCCAGAUGGACGUGAACCCUGAAGUUCCAAGCAGCAGUUGCACAAUCUGUGAUUAGAUGUCCCCACCCCCUGCACUAAGGAAAUGCCCAGUAGCUUUCAUUUUUCAGGCUGUGGCUCACUUACAGCAACAAGAAGGGCCUGAGUCUGUUGUUAUCUAUGGCUGUUGAAGGAAUCUUUGUGUUUCUUACAGAAGACAUAUACAACAAAAACACACUUAAGUCUUUGGAAUCUAUUGGUAAAGAAAUCUUAACUGGGUUUUUGGAUGGCUUGGUGAAAACAAACGUUCUCAAAUUGGAGGAAACUGAAAAGAAAAAAAUUUAUGAUGCCAAACCUAGAGACAAGGCCUCAAUCCUAGCAGGCGUUGUGCGACAAAAACGUGAUGAAGCAAGUCAAAUCCUUCUCCGAACCUUCCUUAACCCAGAAAAUCUCUCCAUUGGAACAAAAGAGGGGAGGGCUCUGGACUUUCCCAGUCUCUUGCAAAAUCUCAGUCAAAUGCUGCCAAGGAACAUGGCUGGACCAGCUGAGCCAGCAGAAGAAUCUACAGAUACCCUCAAGCUUUGUCCUCGUGAAGAAUUCCUGAAACUAUGUAAAGAAAGGGCUGGAGAGAUCUAUUCAAUAAAGGAGAGAAAGGACCGCACUCGUCUGGCUCUCAUCAUAUGCAACAGAGAGUUUCAUCAUCUUCCUCGGAGGGGAGGGGCUGAGCUUGACAUCACAGGGAUGAAGAGGCUGCUUGAGGGCCUUGGCUACAGUGUGGAAGUGCAAGAGGACCUCACAGCCAAGGAGAUGGAGUCAGUGCUGGAGGCAUUUGCUGCCCGCCCAGAGCACAAGUCCUCAGACAGCACAUUCUUGGUGUUUAUGUCUCAUGGCAUCCUGGCAGGAAUUUGUGGGACUCUGCACAGAGAUGAAGAACCAGAUGUGCUGCCUUAUGACACCAUCUUUCGGAUGUUCAACAACUGCCACUGCCUCAGUCUAAAGGACAAACCAAAGGUCAUCAUUGUCCAGGCCUGCAGAGGUGCAAAUCGUGGGGUAUUGUGGGUCAGUGACUCUCCAGCAGCCUUGGCAGACAGCUCUUCACAGCCACAUGAGGACCUGGAGGAGGAUGCUGUUCACAGAGCACAUGUGGAGAAGGACUUCAUUGCUUUCUGCUCCUCAACCCCACAUAAUGUAUCCUGGAGAGACAUCAAAAAGGGUUCAUUCUUCAUUUCACAACUAAUCACAUGCUUUCAGAAAUAUUCUUGGCACUGUCACCUUGAGGAAGUGUUUCGGAAGGUACAACGGUCAUUUGAACAACCAGAUAUUAAAGCCCAGAUGCCCACCAUUGAACGCUUAUCCAUGACAAGAUAUUUCUACCUGUUUCCUGGCAAUUGAGAAUAGAAAUUACAGGAAGUCCAGCUCUAUUAUUAACUUCCAGAAGUAGCACCUUUUCCAGAAUGGCACAAAUAUUUAAUCUUUUGUAUUUAAAUAAAAAUGAAACAAA